GCUGAUAUGACUAUCUCAUUCUCAGCCUCACUUUUGACUCUUGCCAUUUCUUUUUACAUAUAAUUGACGUGUUCUUUCUUGAUACAACCACAAGACAGUUUUGCUCUUUGUAAAAACGUACACUCUCCAUAUAUACAACCAAAAGAGACUCCAGUUUUCUCUGUAAUUAAUCAUGGAGGUCGUCAGGGAACAUAAACCAGGCAACGCCAUGAGAAAAGUUCUCCUAGUAAUAAACUGCGUCAUUCUUUCUAUAGGCAACUGCGGUUGUCCGCUUCUGAUGCGCCUCUACUUCAUCCGUGGUGGAAAACGAGUCUGGUUCUCGAGCUGGCUCCAGACUUGUGGUUGGCCCAUCAUCCUUUUUCCUAUCGCCUGUGCUUACAUGCACCGUUCCAGGACCCAACCCACUUCGGAAAACAAGCUUUUCUUCAUGAAACCUCCCUUAUUCAUUGCCACCGCGGUCAUUGGUACCCUGACUGGCCUUGAUGACUACUUCUAUGCCUAUGGCGUCGCCCGUCUUCCCGUUUCAACUUCUUGUUUAAUCAUUGCCUCACAGUUGGCUUUCACAGCAGGGUUUGCUUUCCUUUUAGUGAAACAAAAGUUCACUUCAUAUUCCAUAAACGCUGUGUUUUUGUUAACUGUAGGAGCAGGUGUCUUAGCUUUGCAUACGAGAAGUGACCGGCCUGCAAAUGAAUCAAACAGGGAAUAUGUUUUAGGGUUUCUAAUGACCCUGGCUGCAUCUGCUUUGUAUGGGUUUAUCUUGCCUUUGGUGGAGUUAAUGUACAAGAAGGCAAAUCAAGAAAUUAGCUACGCCCUUGUGAUGGAGAUUCAGAUGGUGAUGUGUUUGUUUGCUACUGGUUUUUGCACCGUUGGUAUGCUGGUUAACAAUGAUUUCAAGGGCAUUCCAAAAGAAGCAAGGGAAUUCGAGCUUGGAGAAACAAAGUAUUAUGUUGUUGUCAUUUGGACUGCAAUAGUAUCGCAGUGUUUCUUCUUGGGAGUAAUAGGAGUAAUCUUUUGUGCUUCAUCUUUGCUAUCGGGUAUAAUAAUUGCACUUCUAUUACCCGUAACAGAGAUUCUGGCAGUAAUUUUCUACAAAGAAAACUUUCAACCAGAGAAGGGCGUGGCUCUCGCACUCUCUCUCUGGGGCUUCAUUUCAUACUUCUACGGUGAGAUCAAGCAAAUCAAGAAAAGGAAACCAGCUCCUGAAACAGAGAUGCCAUCAGUUCCCAAUACUCUGGAAAGUGUUUAAAUAUUGGUAAUCCGACCAAUUCCAAGUUCCAACUUCGAGUGGCUAAUAGUUUUCAUCGGAAUAUUGCUCGAUCAACAUAUUUGCAAAAGAAGAAAGAAAUUUAUCCUACCUACUUAGAUAAGAAAUUUCCUUUGUAUGUUCUUGUAAGGAUUCGAUUUUUCAACAAUUUCAAGUUUAACAUACCGGCAACUAUUAAUACAUUAAAUUCCCAGAUAUUCUUCCCCACUUUGGAAUAUACACACAUCCUGCAUGUAUUAUGUAUAUGUACAUACAUUUAUAUUAUUACU